AAAUAAAUGAAUUAAUAAAAAAUUGAAAGAAAAAAACAAAAAAAAAUUAAUAAAUAAAUAAGCAGAAAACAGUUCCGCUUUCCACGUACAUAAGGCAUAAAUAAAAAUGAAAUUCUUUUUCAAUUUAUUAAUAAUGACAUUAAUGUUAGCGAUCGGUAUCCGAGCCGAUUUACGUUAUCGUGGCAACGCGGUGCAUCCAGAUUAUCCCGGCCAGUGUUAUUAUGAGGAUUUACAGCAACCGAUACCCGUUUCGCAAUCGUUUAAACCGAUAAAUCGCGAUGGCCGUUGCGAAAGCAUUUAUUGUCGUAACGAUUUUGUUCUGGAAAUUGGAAUAUGUCCUCGUCAUAACAUGCAAGAGACUGACGAGUGUUCGAUUGUCAGUGAUUUAACAAAAGCUUAUCCAGAUUGCUGUCCCAAGUAUGUCUGUAAGAAGGCCGAAGAUAAUUUUAUAUAAAACGAACACGAUAUUAAAAAGAAAUUUAUUUUUACAAAAAAAAAAAAAAA